AUGGCACCGCCAAACCCAAGACCGAAAGUUCUUGUGCCGGAGAAGGUAUCGCAAGAUGGGCUCCAAAUACUACAAGCUUCCCUGGAUGUGGACGAGAAGACUGGCCUAAGUGCGGACGAGCUGCGCUCCAUCAUUGGCGGCUACGAAGCCCUCAUCGUGCGUUCCGAAACCAAAGUCACCGCCGCUUUACUUGAGGCCGGCAAGAAGUUACGAGUCGUGGCGAGGGCCGGCGUUGGAGUGGACAACGUCGAUCUAGAUGCCGCAACCCGUUUAGGCAUCAUUGUCGUCAAUUCGCCCCAAGGGAACAUCAACGCUGCCGCCGAGCACACCAUUGCCCUGCUCAUGGCCACUGCACGCAAUGUCGGCAACGCUUCACUAGGCAUCAAGAACGGCAAAUGGGAACGCAGUAAGCUGGUCGGCGUGGAAGUGAAAGGCAAGACGUUGUCCAUCCUUGGGCUCGGCAAAGUGGGCCUCACGGUGGCACGCGCUGCCGGCGGGCUGGGGAUGAAUCUCGUUGCCUACGAUCCAUACGCCAAUCCAUCACUUGCUUCGGGAGCUAAUGUGGAGAUGCUGUCGAGCAUGGAUGAGCUGCUCGAACAAGCCGACUUCCUCACCAUCCACACGCCCAUGAUCGCAUCGACAAAGGGAAUCAUCGGUGCCAGCGAGCUCUCCAAGAUGAAGCCAACCGCCCGAAUCCUCAACGUGGCGCGAGGAGGGAUCGUAGAUGAAGAAGCCCUCUUGGCCGCAUUGGAAGGUGGUAGCAUCGGCGGUGCAGGCAUCGAUGUCUUCACCACCGAACCACCCAAAGAAGGCGACUCUGCAUGGAAGCUGAUCCAGCACCCGAAAGUCACCGCCACGCCACAUCUUGGCGCGUCAACCGUCGAAGCGCAAGAAAAUGUGUCCGUCGACGUGUGUUCCCAAGUCGUCUCCAUCCUUGCUGGCCAACUGCCCCGUUCUGCCGUCAAUGCGCCCAUCAUCCUACCCGAGGAGUACCGCACACUUCAACCUUUCGUGACGUUACUGGAAAAGAUGGGCAGCUUGUACACUCAGCACUUCUCGCCGGCGAGCACGGCGCACCGAAUGACGACAAGCUUUGAAGUGACGUACGAGGGCAGCCUUGCGUCGACGAGCAACACCAAACCCCUCUUCGCCUCUCUCAUCAAAGGCCUCGUUUCCCCAAUCACGAGCCCCGACACGAUGAACAUCAACAUUGUGAAUGCCGAGCUUGUUGCCAAGGAACGUGGUAUUCGCAUCAGCGAGUCCAAGAGCCGUGACCCGGUGGAGCAGGAAGGCUAUUCAGCCUCCGUCACUCUCCGAGCACGGCUGGAUCCUCGCUCUCCUUCCGCAUCACGCAAGGCAGAUCUCAUAGAUUCCCGCUCCAAGGCGCGCACGCACAAGCUUGCAGACCAGGUCAUUACCGGCUACGUCUCCAACAACCAGCCGUUCAUUUCCAGACUCGGGCGGUUCCAUACCAACUUCGUGCCCAGCGGCACCCUGCUCGUCUGUCGAAACAAUGAUCAGCCGGGCAAAAUUGGUGUCGUUGGAGGGUUGCUAGGCAGGGCGGGCGUCAACAUCAACUUCAUGAGCGUGGCACCCAUCGAGCACCGGAGCGAAGACGAGGGCGAAUCGCAGCAGAAUGGGAUGGAACACGAAGCCUUGAUGAUCCUCCGGGUAGACAAGAAGGUGGAUGAGGCGGUGAGGAAGAGUUUGAUUGGCGAAGAAGGCGUGCUGGAGGCCAGUGUUGUGGUGCUAUGA